CUUUAAACUGCAUGCCUGCACCGACGAGGGAGAGCUGGAGAACCAGGUCAUCUCCUUCGAGUGGGAAGAGAUGCAGCGAUGGGACACGGACGAGGAAGGAAUGGCAUUCUGCUUUGAGUAUGCCCGAGGGGAGAAGAAACCAAGAUGGGUGAAGAUCUACACCCCCUAUUUCAAUUACAUGCACGAGUGCUUUGAGCGGAUCUUCUGUGAGCUGAAGUGGUACAGGGAGGUUGAAGAUGACGUCUCUGACACAGACAACAAGAACUGCAAUGAUGACAGCCCGUGCAGCAAGAAGUCAGAGGAUUGCAAACUGUUGGCCUUUAUUUGCUGGAACUUCCUGUGGUCAAGCUGAAGCCACGUCACAGCAGCGAUGACGCUUCAGAAUAAAGUUGCGCUGAUUUGUUUUAUGCCCAUCACUUCUUACUGAGACCCGGAACUUGUUGCACAUCCCUACUUGCCCCUCGAGUUGAGUGUCUCGCUCAGGGGGCCAUUUCAGAGAA